UAAAUUUCAAUUGUAUUUUCGUUUCUUUUUUUCCUCAUUUCUGCAUCAUAAUUCAAAUAGUCUACACGUGAUAUUCUGUAUGUGAUUUAUGAGACUGGUCACUCUUUCAUUACAGGAAUGUGGGGAUGACUGUACAUUGGAAUAGCAACGUACAUUGUUUUGUUAUAUCUUAAAUUAUUCAAUUCAGAUGAUGGAAAUACGACACCAAACCGAUGAAGAAAAGUAUAGAAGACAGAUGUAUGCAGCCAUUGACCCAAACAUGGAUGUCUUCCGUUUCAUUAUAUUUCUGAUGAAGUUAUCAUUCCUAUCACUCUUCAGCAUACUACUGUGUUUAUGGACACAUAAUGACGUUUAUGUGAACCCUUAUUGUGCCUACAUCAGUUAUAUGUUAUCAUUUUUAGUGAUAUAUGAAGCGGCGCCUGUAGUAUUUUCAUUAAUCCUUUAUAUGAUUAAAGCGAGUAAAUGGGCCAGAUAUUUGGAUUACAUGAAUAGGAUACUGCGCUCCGUGUUUGGAUAUAUACUUUAUGUAAUUGUUCAGUGGCUUUUAAGACUCCUUCACCGAUCCUUCCUUCUGUAUGUGCUAUGGGGUGUUGCUCUCUCUAUAUUGUGCUUUAUCAUUUCGGAUUCCUUUGCUGCACAAUAUCAACAAUUAUUCGUUUCAAACGUCUUUUAUAAUGACUCGUUCCGGAAAUCUGAAAUAUUACCUUCAAAUGAAACAAAUUUACUUGAGAAUAAAGCAUGCAUAAUGACAAGAACAUUGGAUUUAUCUGCUCUUAUGACAGAUAAUAGUUUGAUAUAUAGAAAGGACAAAUUCAACUGUAAUAGCACAGAUAUAGACAAUACAACAAUGCAGAACUUGAGAGUAGAAUUUAAAUCUCCAGGUGAGUUUGCAGAAUUACACUGCUCCAUAGAUAUACCACAUGCCAGUUACCUAUUCGGAUUGAAAGUGGAAUGGAAAAAAGAUAAUCGAAUAAUACAUGCUGAUAAUCAAACUAUAAGAAUAAAGACGACUUCUUCAAACGGAGAUGUGAAAAGCUCCUUAGUCAUACCAUUCAUCAGAGAAGAAGACUAUGGAAUAUACAUGUGUCAAAUAAAGCAAGAAAUACAACCCCACGAAUAUUAUAUAUAUAGAAGCAAAACAAUACCCUUUAGGCUGCGAAGUGUGAUUUAUACAAAUCUUAAUAGUCAGCAGAUACUGAAAAAAUUCUCCGGAAUUCAGGAUGUGAUAUUUGUGCCACUGGGGAAUAAGCUACAGAUAGUUUGGUACCCGCUGUCCUUUGGAGUUGACAGGGAAAAUAUCACAGAAACAUACUUCAUAAAUGGAGAGAACACAACCAUACUAAAAAAGAAAAGGGGUGAAUGUCAUGGCUGUUCUUCUCUAACAAGCGUGUUUUGCAUUUGUGGUUAUCUAAGAGAUUGGUUUGUACUAUACAUGGGAUGCUCGUUGUGGGAUAUUGUAGUCAAUGGCCCAGGAUAUACGCAAUCGGCUUUUUCAAUGUGUGCAGAUACUUCUGUUUAUGGAAUUCACACAAUUGAAUACAGACGUCUGGUGUAUGACAAGGAAAAGAAAACGUUAAUCAAUGUGACAGUGCAACACCCUGAUACGGUUAUAGUUCUUCCAGAUCAUCCGUAUUUGACCGAGACGGACAACUCUUCUAAAUUUGAAAAAGUAAAUAAGGUGAUGCUUCAAUUCAUGUCUGGUGAUCUAAUGAAAGAACAGUUUCAGGAUGCCUCUCAUGGCGUUUCUCUAAUUACACGGUAUUAUUUGGAAACAAUCGCCUUUUUUGUUACUCCAUGGGUUAUAUAUGUUUUCUUCAUUAAUGGAAACAAAAUAGGCUCAAUUUGUCCGUAUACUUUAGAAUUAAUAAGAAAACCCUACAGGUACACGUGUUACAUAUUUUGUUGUGAUGAAGACAAAGAUGACGUCACGAGUCAGCUGUACAAUAAGCUGCUGGAGGACAACAUCAACGCGGGUAUCAUACUGAAUAACUGUGAAAUAAACAACCCUGGGAGAAACAAUUUCGAAAUUACAGCCGACAUAAUCGACAAUUCGUUUUGCUUGAUAUUCUUCGUAACACCUGCAUACUUAGAAGAUACACACUGUAGACACUACCAUUUGAUCCCCGUUAUGGAAAAUAUAAAAACGGGAACCAUAUUUUCAAAGAAUGUGUUAUGUAUUAUGAAUGAAAAUGCUGUUUUUCCAAAAGACAUAUCCCUGAAUCUAGCAACUGUUUCAAAAGUAAAAUGGGAAACAUCCAAUUACUCUCAAACAUACAGAACUGUAAAACAUUGGUUACCAAACGAAAUUUUCCGAUUUUCAGGGACAAGUUUUAUUGAAAGUUUCUCUUUAUCAGCGAGGAAGAAAAUUUGUUAAGAGUGCAAAAUCGGCAUCCCCUCUGGCCAAUAUUCAGAAUUUUAGCAUUUAAAAUUCGAUCUUUCGAUCUUUUCAUGGUUUUUUUUUUUUUUUUUUUUUUGCAAAUCAAUUUCGAUUGUAAACACGCAACUUCAUCGGUUAAAAUUAAUUCUUGAAUACCAAAAAUUACAUGCUAUGAAACCACACCUUAAAAAACCAUGCUGGAACUUUUUUGUAAUAAUCUUUAAUAGGGGACUUAUCAAGUUUGUGCUUUAGUUAUAUAUUACAGCAUAACCAUAGGAAAUAAUAAAAAGUAUAAAGCUG